AUGGCAAGUACCGGGGCGCAGGGGAAUCCUCGGCAAGCUAUGCAAAGCUGGGAACUGUUUCCAGCGUAUAUCCCUGACGGUGUGUGGGCAUCUUUUCAGAAGAGCGAGCUCAACAUGAUGGCUGCCCUGGAGCUCAUUCUGACCACCUUGGUCAAGAUGGGCAUGAGGACUCCAUCGGAGCCGACGCAGGCCAUGCUGGUAUCUCUCUUGAUCCUCCGCAAAGGCCCUGAGCGCCGCAGUCGACUCGAGCAGGACACGAACCAGCUACGGUCUUUGCUGUGCAAUGUCAAGGCGCAGGUGGAUGCAAAGGUGUCUCGCGAAAGGGUUUUGACUGGUCGCUUGCCCAACUUGGUCGCUUCGUUGCCAGCUAAUGUGAGAGAGGCGCCUCAGAGUGUCCAAGACGUUGCUUUUGCAGAUGGCACUACGCCGCCAACUUGCCCAUGGCCGAUUGAGGACAUUCUCAGGUUGGCAAAGACGAUCCCGCUUCGCAAGACACGGAAGGAGCUGACAGCGCAGCCUAUCAACACCAUGGGCAUGUUUGAAAAGCUUGCUUCGGACUCUGUGCAUCCACCAGCUAAUGGUGGUGAAGGCCCACUGGCUUUGCAAGACUUGCCCAGAUCCGCUUCUGCGCCGCCCAAGCUGCCUGCGGUUCCAGAGGUUCAGCCUGAGGUUGGCCCAAAAGAGAUACCAUCCUUGCCUGUGCCACAGGCAACUGUGGAGAACCAGCAGCCAGCGCCACAGGCAACUGGGAAGCAGCAGGCUGGAGCACAGGAUGCCGUUCUAGAGAACGAUGCAGUCGCGAAUCAUGAGAAGCCCAUCACUUUGAGGGAAUCAAUGGAGAAGUUGAAGCAAGCCCGAUUGACAGCCAAGGGGGCAGGCACAGCGCGCGAUCGAAACACAAAGGGACCUUUGAAGAGGCCAGCGUCAGCUAUGGAGCCGGUGGUGAAGCCAACAAAAGUGGCCACACCCAAAUCCAAGGGUCCUGUGAGUAUGAAGCGGCCAGCCUCAGCUAGCUCAGUUCGAUCCAAGGAGAUUUGCCAGAAGCCAUCCAAGAAGGAGUUGAAAAAGGCCUUGCUGGCCAAGAUUCCAG